CAAGAUCGUCGACUAACUUCAUCUACUCGUGGUCGUGAUUCAGGGCCAUUCCGGCUACGAUGCGACGAUCUGAUGCCUCCUCAUGUGCUACUCACCGCAAAUAUGCAAAUCGUAGGCGUAACAGACUGGGAAUUCUCCUACGCAGCACCGGCAGAGUUCUCGGCUGCAUCGCCAUGGUGGCUACUUCUCGAACAACCAGAGUAUUGGCCAGAUGGUAUGGAAUCCUGGACGGGGGUUAUUCGAGCAUAG